AUGCUGUCCGCAAUUGGCCAAGCGACCGGCCGGGUCGGCGGGCGUCUUGCGAUCCGCACCGUCGGCCGGUUCACGGCACAACAGGCUCUGCGGGCGACUCCCGUGAUCCCGAGCGGUAUCCGCAUCGCGGCCGUCUUCACCAGAAACUACGCCGCCGCUAAGACCACCAAGACAUCGACGACCAAGGCGAAGAAACCUGCCGCGAAGAAGACGACGGCCAAGAAAACGACCGCCAGCAAGACCACCAAGAAGGUCACGGCCAAGGCCAAGGCCGCCCCGAAGAAGAGGGCGACGAAGAAGAAGGCGACGAAGAAGAAGGCGGCCAAGAAGCCCGCGAGGAAGCUCAAGAAGGACAUGACGGAGGAGGAGAAGGUUCAACUCAGGAUCCGCAAGUUGAGGGAGGUUGCUUUACUCAAGGAGGAACCUACCAAGCUGCCCACUAGCGCAUGGACGGUGUACCUGACCCAGCGCGUCAGGGAUAGUGCCAAGGACCAUACCGUGGGAGGCGGCGAGAAGUUCCUACUUGGAGGCAUAGCGAAGCAGGCCGCAUCGGACUUCAAGGGCUUGUCGGAAGCAGCAUUGGAGCCCUUAACUGCCCAGGCCGAGGAGAACAAGGUUGCCAGUUCGGUCGCGCACCGGAACUGGGUCGACAGCUACUCGCCGGAGCGCAUACACAAGGCCAACUUGGCGCGCAAACUGCUCAAGAAGAAGCACUCAGUUUCCAGCUAUCCGAUCUCCGAUCCUCGCUUCCCCAAGCGUUCCUUGACUCUCUACGUGUCCUACUCCAAGACUCGUUUCUUCAGUCCCGAACUAGCCAACCUCAGCUCUAGAGAAAGAAUCAAGACCAUUGCCGGGGAGUGGAAGAAGCUCGGGCCCGAAGAGCGCCAGCGCUUCCAAUCAAUUGCAGACACCGACAAGGCCAGGUACCUGAAGGAGAUGGCCGCUGUCAAGGAACAGACGUAA